AGAUCUUUCAUGUAGGUGGCUCAGCCUAAUUAUGUUUCUUCAUACUUUGAUGCAAUUCUAGAAUAAUCUGAAAUUCAUCCUACCCCUUCAUCACAAGAGUUUGCAUCUUUGCAACACCUGGCCUAAAGAGACAAGCCUUCCUUGAUACAUAAGGUUGCUUUAGAGAGCAUUCCUGAUCAUCAGAUGACAGAACUGGGUGGCAGCUAAGCAGUGAACAGCAUUUGGAGGAUAAGGGAGAAAACAAGUACUCUGUGUCUGCUGUGUACCAUGAGUUCAGCCAGAGAAAAGUCUAAGUGUAGAAAAUGCAAGAAGGACAGCAUCCUUAUGUCGGCAAGUCCUACUGGCAGUCUGGACAACACAACUUCAGGAUAUCCUUCUGAAACAAGUGUCUUACCCACUUCCUCCACACCUUUACUUUUAGCCUCUGCUGGUUCAUCCUCUAAAGCGGGGUCCAGCAUUUUGAAAAGAGCUGCUCACCUGAAUGAUAGCAAAGAAAUGAACCAGGAAGAGCUUCAGAGGAAACACUAUGGAGAAAAAAGACUUUCUCUACAAACCCGUAGCCAAAACAGAAUGGCUGCUGCAGCUCAGGAAACAGCUCCAGCAGCAGAGCCAACUGAACUAGGUGAAAGUGUUGGUGAAGAAGUAAUAGACCUUACCUGUGAAUCUUCAGUAAUUAACGAUUCUGUUGUAUUUGUUGAGGAGACUAGAUGGGGGCAAAAUCAAGAAUUCAGAAACAGAUCCCUCUUUGACAGCUGUAUAUUAUGUAGCGAUGAUGAUGAUGACAUUCCUACUGGAUAUGAAGGGAGUGAUGUCCUUGUUACCCCUGAGUUGCCCAACAAAUUGGGAAGGGAAGGAGCUGAAAGUUCACUGUCCUCAGGCAUUGUGAGGUGCCCCAUUUGCAUGGAUGACUCUGUGGAAAUUGUAAAUAGUGGACGGCUUGUAGUGUCCACAGAAUGUGGCCACAUCUUUUGUAGUGAGUGUCUCAGUCGUUCUCUUAACAAUGCCAGGUUUUGCCCAACUUGUAGGGAGGAACUCAAUCACAAGCAGUAUCAUCCAAUUUAUAUAUGAAGACAUAGGUGGCCCUGAGAACAAUCACAAUGUGGAUUUCCAUGGGUCUUUUAUCAGGUUAGAGUUAAAGGAAUACAGGUUAAAUGUAUAACUUGAAUAACUGU